AUGCCCUCGCCAGCCUUUCUAGUCUCGGCUAUCCAUCCGCGUCCAGAUUACACGCCUCAUGGCACGGAUUCGAUGUCUAUUCCCUGCAUUGACUUAUCGGCUGAUGGUGGCACCGAUGCUGCGGCAAAACAACAUCUUCUCGAACGACUCCGGGUCGCGUGUGAGACGAAUGGCUUCUUUCAGCUAACCGGGCACGGCGUCCCGCAGUCCCUCCUGGAUGAGGUCAUGGAACAAACCCAGGCUCUCUUUGCGCUUCCGCAGGAAAUCAAGGAUAAAUACGACCAAGCACUGAGCGGAUACAACCGGGGCUACGAGCGUCUCAGCAGACCACCCGCUUGCCGUCGCCAAAAGUUCAACUCAGGUCCCAAUAUAUACCCUCGAGACGUGCCGGAUCCCGCCAAGUUCAAGCGCGUAGUAGACGAAUACUACAACGCACUCAAGAACCUCGCCGAGCGCAUCUUCCGCCUCCUGUGCGAAACGCUCGGCGUCGCCGACGACGAUGGGUGGAUCGCCAACUUCGUCGACACCCCAAUCGCGAUCCUCCGACUACUGCACUACCCGCCUCAGCCUAUAGACGCUUCGGACGAAGAGCGGGGCAUAGGCGCGCACACCGACUUUGGCGCCGUCACCAUUCUCCUGCAGGACAUGGUGGGCGGCUUGCAGGUGUGGGACCGCGCGGAGCUCCGGUGGGCCGACGUGGUGCCCGCGCGGGGUGCCUUUGUGGUGAAUCUGGGCAACUUGAUGAUGCGUUGGACCAACGAUCGCUACCUGUCGAACUUGCACAGGGUGAUUAACGUGUCGGGGAGGGACCGGUAUAGCGUGCCCUUCUUUUUCGACGGGAAUCCGGAUUUCGUGGUCGAGUGUUUUGCUGGCCGGGAGCAGGGCCGCGAAGGGGCAAAGUAUCCGCCUAUUACGGUGGGGAGUGGAUGCAGGCGCGUCCGAGUCGAGUAA